GAAAAUAAGUUUGUCGUGUAAUUGUUAUGAUUUCUGUGUGACGCCCACGCAAAGUGAAGCGUGCCUCCACCAUUUUGUAAACUACUCCCUCCUCGUGUCUCUGUCCGUAUGUGUAAGUGCGUUUAUGUGUGGAAUAGUAGCAACGGAACCUGUCGCAGAAUGCUCGCUCAUAAUGAAAACCGCGUAAAAGUUAAAAUAUUAAACAGUUUUGUGGCAUAAGCAAUGGACGGGGACCCGUUUGAGGAAUCCGAUCCCGCUUCCACCAAAAAGCAGAGGGAGCAAGUCUUAGAGGUGGCUAGACAACGGCCUGCAACAAAUGUCGCCAAGAGCAUCGUUGCAUAUGAGGAGCAGCCAGAUCUAUCCAUCCUGGUGGUGCUCCUCGAGGAGAUCAGUAAGAACUCUGACUACUCCACGGACCUACGUCUCUCCACGGAAUAUUACGGCAAUCAUCUGCUACGGCUUUGCAAGGACAGGAAUGUGCCGCGUCGUGUUGCGCUGGGUUGUGGCGGCAGUGCCAUCCAGUCGUUGGGAAAGAUCUAUGCCGAUCGCGUGGAGUACAUCGGCCAAACCACGGAGCACAUAAACGAGUCAAUGUCAUCAGCGCAACGCGAAGCCAGUGAAAAGAAUACCAGUGGCCAGGAGAGCAGUGCACCCAAGCCGGAAGAACCACGGAAGCGUCGAGUAAAAAAACUCGCGCAAAAAACCAUUGAUCCGUUUCUGGUGAAUCUAGAACCACGAGCCUUCAAGACAAUGUCCGAGGAGAAGCGGUUUAGUACAACGGGCAUGGCAAAGUGUAGCAGAAACAGAACGAUCGAGUAUCUGUACCAGGACCAUACGCCUCCCAAUCUGUGGCGAAAUGCCCCGAUCGUGGAUCCCCGUCAGGCCUCGGAGAUCGAUGAAAAGAAGCAGUAUAAGCUGUUCACUUAUCACAUCGAGCACCGCUACAAUACGCUGCUCCCCGACAUACAAUUCGAGCGACUCAGUCUGAUUAAAGAGUACGUUAAUUCGCAGAAUCUUAGUCAGGAUAUUCUCAACGUUCACAUGACCACGGAUGAGUUUCUCUCUGAAUACAUUGCCCUGGAGAACCAAAUGCUGGCCUCGCGCUAUGGUGCCACAGUGAGGGCGAGAAGCAGUGGAAGCAUGUUGGCGGAAACAAUGAAAAGAACGCUCGAGGCGGUGGAGAUCGAUGCCAGUUGCAAUAAAAAGCCGCGAACAGAAGAUGAAGCAAUGGAGGCAUUGGACUCAUCUAUCGGGACGAUGCCAGAAGAGGUGUCGGAGCCUAUGGAAGUGAAUGAAACGCUAAACCCGAGGGAAAAGUUGCAAACGUUAAACUCAUCGGACUCGGGUCUGGGUAUGACCCUGGAUAUCACGACGCUGGACAGCAGCAAACUUGAGAGUGCCGCUUUGAGUGCAAGCCUAGUGGAAGGACCUGCUUUGAGCAGCACCCUCCUGCCAGCUACACGGAACGAGUCGAGUAUCUUGGACACUGCGGACUCUGAAAUGAAUGCGUUGACAAUCGGUUGCGAAAAGCCGAAAGUUUUUGCAGGCCUGUCUUCUGACGACGAAGGUGUUGUACUUUCAGAUAUCGACGAACGUCGCCUGCAGUCGCUGUCGCCCAAGGUGAUGGUCAGAGAUAUUCUACCAGGAGUGCCCAACAAGGAUACCGUCACUGUGCUCAUCGAUGACGAGAUGCGGGCUCUGGUUGGUAUAACGGAAGACGAAUCUCCUGAACGGCCGCCCACUUUCGUCGAAGAAGUUGUGACCAUUCCAAUAGAAGUCUGUUAUCCGCUUGAAUUUAACAUUUUUGGGAUUCCCGAAGCCCGUCUAAGACGGAGAAACCUUUUCAAGCUUCCAACAGACUUCGAUUUGUUCAAGAAGGCUCGCAUUCCCACCAAACGAGAUGCAGAACCAAAGCCUCCAAAAGCUGUCCGACUGUUGACACCUGCGAUCGUAGAGUAUACCGAAGAAUCUGCCACAGGCAGAGAACGUAAUGAUCCAAUGAGGCUAAGCUUGGAGUUUGACUUGGAUAAUAAUUUCUUGGGCUUUCGGCGACCCACUCACGACUCUGGCGUUGACGACAUGAGGUACGAUUCGCGGCCAAUAUCGGUUGAAACCCUUCUUGGAUUUAGCGAACCUACCGACGGGGACGAAGGUCCUGCAGAUGACAAAAAGCUUGUCGCCGCAGCGUUGGAUAAAUGUGACAGUGGUUUAGAUGCCACACAACUUGAGGCAGAAGCAAAUGAAUCCGCCAACGUGGACGGCAGUGGCUUAAAUGACACACAAACUGACAAAGCAGUACUGCCUGUAAAUGCCACACAACUAGAGGCAGCAGCAUUGCCUGCAAAUGGGCAAGCCAACGGUGACGACAGUGGCUUAGAUGCCACACAACUUGACGCAGCAGCUAUGUCUGCAGAUGAUCAACCCAAGGCAGAUGUCCCUGCUCUAGAUACCACACAACCAGAUGCAGGAGCAUCGGUGCCAGCAAAUGAUCAAACCAACCUAGACGACAGUGGCUUAGGUACCACACAAAUUGACUCAAUUUUAAGUAGUUUAAACAUAAACGAAGCGCCGACUAACCCAAGCAGACCUGGAAGUGCGAUGGCCCACGACGACUGGAGGGAUGAUGCGAACAGUACUCAUGGCAGUGACCUGGGAGUUGAUAAUCCGUUCCGAAUUGACAAAGGAGGCUUUUCAGACUCCAGCGAUCUGGUGAGGGAUUGGCACAUCAAAAUAGCGCCCAUGCUGGAAGUAGCUCACGAAAGGCAGAAUUUCAAAUUUCAAGAUUUGGGAACCGAGAUCAUCGAAACGUGUCAGCAGGGCCAUGGCAGAGCUACACUGGCCGAUGUGAUGCAGGGCAAAGAUAAUACCACCAUGGGUCGGCAUUUUUUUGCCUCAUUGAAAUUGCUCAAUGACGGGAAUAUCGUGCUGAAAAAUGUAGAUCGUGAUAAAAGCAAGCCCAUCGACAUUUCCGAGUAUAAAAUGCAACUCAUGAGUACGGAGCGCAAACAAGUCCAUCCAGAAGAUGAUAUUGGCAAUUUGAAUGUGGUUAAGACAAAGCCGGCUGCGGAUAAGAAACGACUAAAACGCAAGUCAACGGAAGUUGUACCAGUGACAGCAGAAGCGCAUGUGAAAAUGGUGCGAUUAAUUGAGGCCAUACCGAAAGUUUCCCAAUCGCGAGAUGAUGGGGACUCUGGUAUAUCGUCGAUGGCUUCUUCUGCGAUGUGGUCGGAGAAGAAUCAGUAGAAUUUGUCCUGUCUUAAUGUUUAAUGUGUAUUAGCCUAUUUCUCUGUAGAUUAGCCGUCUCCUAGUGGGUGUACAGUGUGUAUAGUUGUCUGUUUUCUGUGUUCAUAUCGAAUUUUCUAACACAUUAUAUUGUGUCUCCGCAGGGUCUGCAAAUGCUGCACUUUUCCCAGCUGUACUGCAAAAUUAAGAGGCUCCCAAUAG